GCGAAGAGAAGAAGAAGAAGCUGAGAAGACUUGAGAAGCUGCGGUGCGGUUUCCCCAAAUUGACCCCGAUAAAUACCCCGGUUCCCUCUUCCCAUCUUCCCCCACCCACAUAUAUAUAGCACACGAAGCUCUUCUCCUCCUUCUUCUUCUUCAGUUUUCCACCAGAUAUCUCUGCCUUCGGCCAAAAGAAAAGAGCUUCCCCCAAUACCGAUUCCCUCCCCCAUGGCGAGGCCUGAUCAGGAAGCGAUCGAGACCUUCGCCAGCAUCACCGGCGUGGCCGAGGCCGUCGCCAUCCAAAUACUCGAGGAGCAUGGUGGCAACCUCAAUGAAGCUGUCAAUGCACACUUCAGUGAAGGAGAUAGAAACACUGUGAACGCAACAUCUAUUGCACGUCAAGAUGAUUUCAUGGAUAUUGACGAGCCCUUUCAAGUUGAACGUCCAGAACAACCCCUCUCGCUCCUCUCUGCUGCUAGAGGCAGAUCCAAUGCUCACUCUCUUCCCAAUGAAAGUUUCACUGGGAGAUUUCUUGAUGCCAGUUCUGAUUUUGGGCAACAAGCACCAAUUGUCACACAUCCGAGGAACGUCAGGGAAAUUCCCAUAGAGGUUAAGGAUGGCAAUGGGUCAUCUGAUCAUUCUGGCAGGGGUCCCACCAUGGAGGAUGUAACUGGUACUGAACAUUAUCAUGGUCCAGAAGUUCGCGGACCUGUUAUAGUCGAUGAAGGAGAUGAUGUUCCAGCUGAAUCGACUGCACGUGCGACACGAGAAAACGAGGAUACCGAGGAUUCUACAGGUGUCAGUUCCCGGAACAGAAAUGUGGGGCCAAGUCCAUCCGGGUUUGACAAUUACAAUGAAGACAUAGAAGAAGAAAUGAUUCAAGCUGCCAUUGAGGCAUCGAAACGGGAUAUCGAGAGCAGCGACCUUUUCCAAAAUGCUGCCGAGCAAGAAAGGGCAUUGCAUGAGCGAAGGGAUGACCUUGGAGACUCAAAAGCAGUGGAUCACAAUAGUUCAGAGGUAGAACUGAGCAAAUUGGCUUCAUCGAAUGGGAGGCUGGAUGCAGGAGGACCAUCGAACCAAGAUGAAGUUGAAGAAGUGGAGCAACCUCUCAUUAGGCAAAGGCCCAGGCGACGCUCUGCCCGUGCUGUUGUAGCUGUCCAGGAAAUUGAGGAUGAUCCGCCGCCUUCUGAACAGAGUAUUCAUAAUCAACAUCAGCUCAAUGGAAGCACAUUCCCUUCUGAGUGGGGUGGUAUCUCCUCCGAGGAACAUGAUGAAGCAGUUAUGCUUGAAGCUGCAAUGUUCGGUGGAAUUCCUGAAGGGACUGCAUAUAAUUACGCUUAUGGACCUCAUCAAUUCAUGCGAGGUGAUAGUCUUUAUCCCCGGGUAUCACCUCGACCUCCAUCACCCUCUCUUGAAGCCCAGCGCUUAAUAAGGGAACAACAGGAUGAUGAGUAUCUUGCGUCACUACAAGCUGACCAAGAGAAGGAAAUGAGGGCCAAGGCAGAAGCUGAAGCUCGUCGUUUGGAAGAGGAAGCAGCCAGAGAAGCAGCUCUUGAGGAAGAAAGACGAAAAGAGGAAGAAUCUCGCAGGAAAUUGGAGGAGGAGCAGGAAUUUGAGAGACAACUAGCCGCAAAGGAGGCUUCUCUUCCUCAGGAACCCAUGCCAGAUGAUGAAAAUGCGAUAACCCUCCUAGUGAGAAUGCCAGAUGGCAGCCGGCGAGGCCGACGGUUCCUCAAAUCUGAUAAGUUGCAGUGUCUUUUUGACUUCAUAGACAUUGGUAGGGUAGUCAAACCUGGUGCAUAUAGGCUGGUGAGGCCUUACCCACGGCGUGCUUUCACCGACGGUGAGAGCACAUUGACUCUAAACGAGCUUGGGCUUACAAGCAAACAAGAGGCGCUGUUCCUCGAGGUGAUUUAGCGUGACGUCCAUGGUAUUGUAGUUUCAUGCAUUGCGAAAUGCUGGUUUUUAUCUGGGUUUAUGCUGUUGGAUCGAUCAAAAGGAACUUUGAAGUGGCAAUAUUUGUCAACCGAAACGCUGAUGGUUACAAAAUUUGUUUAUGUACUUAUGGCAUUUCAUUGUCGGGCAGAAUUUCCUCUUGUACUUUGGGAGGGUUCGUGCUUGAGGUUAGGUGUGCUGUUAUUGACCGCAUGCUUGAGCCAAUUAGAAACCGAAGCUUGUAAAA